AUGAGCAAGCCUAUCAAGACUGCCGGUACCGUUGGUGGCAUCAAGGUUAUCUCUCUGGGUUCUGAUGAUAAAAUGUCUGAGAACUCUGCGCAGAAGGGUUCUUCUGUUGUCACUUCCGAGCACCCAGUCGACUGCCUCCCCGCGAAGGAGAAGAAGAUCAAGAAGGCCAAGAAGAAGAUGGCCCACGAAAGGGACAAUGGCAUGUCCGACUGGGAGCUGGUUGACUUCCCCGAGGAUGUAAACGGUCGCGUUCGCGCCGUUGCCGCUGAGCUCCACUCUCAGUAUGGCGACAAGAUUCGAGCCCUCGAGGGUGAACAGGAGCGACUCCAGAGAUUCAUUAAUAAGGUUCAUGCCGAUGCUUUCGCUACCAAGAUGAAGCAGAACGAACAGGAGAGUCGCCUGCGUGAGCAGUUGGCUUACGUUACUCUCCAGUACCACCGUCUACUUGCUCGCAGCAUGAGCAAGGACAAAGACCUUGGCGACUUCAAGGAGGUGCCUCUUGGUGAGCCUGAGGACGAGCCUGAGGUUAAGCUCAAGGUCAAUCCUAAGGAGAAGCCUGAGGAGAAGCCUGACACCAGCCUGGGUGGAUCCAUCGGUGGAAAGUAG